CCUCAGCGGGCUUUGUGUUAUGGGAGACUCGUCAUGAUCCGAUGAGAAGAAGGGAGAGAUAUGGAAUAGAAAAAAAUGUAGAAGUGGAUACUUAAUUCCUAACCAAAACCUGAAGCGAGAUGGCUAAAAUGGCGAGUGCCCUGAGUUCUAAGACGUCUGAAUUCGUAGUAGGCCAGAACAAAUACCGUCUGGUACGAAAAAUAGGAAGUGGAUCGUUUGGGGAUAUAUAUCUUGCCAUUCACCAAUCAAACGGAGAGGAGGUUGCUGUCAAACUAGAAUCGGUGAAAGCCAAACACCCACAGUUGUUAUACGAAAGUAAACUGUAUAAAAUUUUACAAGGAGGUGUUGGGAUUCCUCAUAUAAGAUGGUGGGGCUCGGAGCAAAGUUACAAUAUAUUAAUUAUGGACCUUUUAGGACCAAGUCUUGAGGAUCUCUUUAAUUUCUGUUCUCGGAAAUUUAGUAUGAAGACUGUUCUGAUGCUAGCAGACCAGAUGAUAAACCGGAUUGAGUAUGUCCACAACAAAAAUUUCAUCCACAGGGAUAUCAAACCUGAUAACUUCCUGAUGGGUAUAGGUCGUCACUGUAAUAAGGUGUUCCUUAUAGACUUCGGUCUGGCCAAAAAGUACCGUGACAGUCGCACCCGACAACACAUUCCCUAUAGAGAGGACAAGAAUCUCACGGGCACAGCCCGUUACGCGAGCAUAAACGCACAUCUUGGCAUUGAGCAGAGUCGUCGAGAUGACAUGGAAUCCCUCGGAUAUGUGCUCAUGUAUUUCAACAGAUCAAGUCUUCCAUGGCAGGGGCUCAAGGCCAACACAAAGAAACAGAAAUAUGAAAAAAUUAGUGAAAAGAAGAUGUCAACACCAGUUGAAGUUUUAUGCAAAGGUUUUCCAGCAGAAUUUGCCAUGUACCUGAAUUAUUGCCGAGGACUGCGGUUUGAGGAGGCUCCAGAUUACAUGUACCUGCGACAACUGUUCAGGAUUCUGUUUAGAACACUAAACUACCAGUAUGACUACAUAUUUGAUUGGACAUUACUAAAACAGAAGGCAGCGGCUGGAGCCGUAGCAAAUGUAGGCUCCUCGCAGCUGGCCACUGGAGUGAAAACAGGUAAGCAUGGAAAGUGAAAGCUGACAUUACACAAGACUGUGACUGACAAAAAUACACAGAGACACAUUAAAAUGGAGAACUAUUGGAACACAACUGCCAGUGUGCAAUGUGAAACCCUAAAUGAGAAUAAGAGUAUGGACGAUUCACAUAUUCACAUUUGACCCAGGUUCACAGGGAUAGUGUGAAAGAACAGUGUCAUAUUGCUGUAUGUAAUGUUCUCUCUGUAUGACAGUUCUACUUCACACAACAGUUGGUACAUGUGAACAUGGUAUUGCAGUGUUCUAUGUUCACAUUUCAUAGAUUUUAUUUUCAUGAUU